ACCUCUAGUCUUGCUUUGAAAAAGCCAUUUUGUGUAACUCUUGACUGAAUAAUUUCCUAAUACACCUGUUGCGUGGAUCACUGACACAGUAUGCUAUUUGAGAGGUACUUUUGCUUGAUCAAAUACUGGUGAUUAGAGAAGAGAGGUAUUUUAUUUUUCCUGAUCAUUAUGAACAUUGGCUUUUCACCCUGAAAUAAAAAUGUUGAAAACCGAGUCUUCAGGCGAACGAACCACUCUCAGAAGUGCCUCUCCUCACAGGAAUGCGUAUAGAACUGAGUUCCAGGCACUGAAAAGUACCUUUGACAAACCCAAGUCAGAUGGGGAACAAAAAACAAAAGAAGGUGAGGGCUCCCAGCAGAGCAGGGGGAGGAAAUAUGGCUCCAAUGUCAACAGAAUUAAAAACCUAUUUAUGCAGAUGGGUAUGGAACCCAAUGAGAAUGCUGCGGUCAUUGCCAAAACAAGGGGGAAAGGUGGCCCGUCAUCCCCUCAGAGAAGAAUGAGGCCCAAAGAAUUUCUGGAGAAAACAGAUGGCUCGGUUGUUAAGUUGGAGUCCUCUGUUUCAGAGCGAAUUAGUAGAUUUGACACAAUGCACGAUGGCCCUUCAUAUUCUAAGUUCACAGAAACUCGGAAGUUGUUUGAGAGAAGUGUGCACGAAUCAGGGCAAAACAACCGUUAUUCCCCAAAGAAAGAGAAAGCUGGAGGGAAUGAACCUCAGGAUGAAUGGGGUGGUUCGAAGUCCAACAGAGGCAGUACUGACUCCUUGGACAGCCUUAGCCCCCGGACAGAGGCUGUCUCCCCAACUGUGAGUCAACUGAGUGCAGUAUUUGAGAACACCGAUUCCCCCAAUUCCAUCAUUCCUGAGAAGGCUGAAAAUGAGUACUCAGUGACUGGACAUUAUCCCCUGAAUUUACCAGCUGUGACUGUUACAAAUCUUGACACCUUUAGUCGUCUUAAGGAUUCUGAUUCUUGCACUCCUCCAAGCAAACACGGUGAUGAUGCAGAGGAUGCUCAGAAGAGCGACACAUCCCCUGUACCAGAAGUGGCUUCGAAAAGUACCUCUCUCACUUUGAUACCUAGUGAAGAGGCAGAGCUGAGCAAGGAAGCUGAGGACUCCACAUCUAACCAAGAGACUCCUGACAGAGUUGACAAAGACGUUCCCGGAGAACCUUGUGCUGAGAACAAGGCAAUGCCAGAGUCCGACAUCCUCUCCCCCCAGAGUGAGCCUUUAGAAGAUGCCAAAGCUAAUUUGGUUGGGAAUGAGGCAGCAAUGCCACAGAAGAAAGAGCUUGCAGGUGGUGAUUUUAUCUCUGCUGAUGCUUCUGGAUCCAGCUGUGGGAAGGAAGUACCUGAAGAUUCAAGUAAUAUUGAGAGUCCCCAUGUUUACAUGCACAGUGACUAUAAUGUAUAUAGGGUAAGAUCCAGGUAUAAUCCCGACUGGCGAGAGACAGGCACUGAACAGGAUGAGCAGGAGGAUAGUGAUGAAAACAAUUACUACCAACCUGACAUGGAAUACUCGGAAAUCGUUGGAUUGCCAGAAGAAGAAGAAAUCCCCACAAAUAGGAAAAUUAAGUUUAGUAGUGCUCCAAUUAAGGUUUUCAGCACAUACUCCAAUGAAGACUAUGACAGGAGAAAUGAUGAAGUUGACCCUGUGGCUGCUUCAGCUGAGUAUGAACUUGAAAAGCGUGUAGAAAAGUUGGAACUUUUCCCAGUGGAACUGGAGAAAGAUGAGGAUGGACUUGGCAUAAGUAUUAUUGGAAUGGGUGUUGGAGCCGAUGCUGGACUUGAAAAGCUGGGAAUAUUUGUCAAGACAGUAACAGAAGGUGGUGCUGCUCAGCGGGAUGGCAGAAUACAAGUCAAUGACCAGAUUGUAGAAGUGGAUGGAAUCAGCUUGGUGGGAGUCACACAGAAUUUUGCUGCAACAGUUCUCAGAAACACCAAGGGCAACGUCAGGUUUGUCAUUGGGCGAGAAAAACCAGGACAAGUGAGUGAGGUUGCGCAGUUGAUAAGCCAGACACUGGAACAAGAAAGGCGCCAGAGAGAGAUGCUUGAGCAGCAUUACGCCCAGUAUGAUGCGGACGACGACGAGAACACGGUGGCUGACUUGCAAGGAGUGUCUGGCAACUGCAAUAACAAUAACAACUAUUUCCUUAAGACAGGAGACUAUGCCACCGAUGAAGAGGAGGAUGAGGAGGGGCCCACCCUUCCCGGCAGUGACAUGGCCAUUGAAGUCUUCGAGCUGCCCGAGAACGAGGACAUGUUUUCCCCGUCAGACCUGGACACCACCAAGCUCAGUCACAAGUUCAAAGAGCUGCAAAUCAAACAUGCAGUUACAGAAGCAGAGAUUCAAAAAUUGAAGACCAAGCUGCAGGCAGCAGAAAAUGAGAAAGUGAGGUGGGAACUAGAAAAAACUCAACUCCAACAGAAUAUAGAAGAGAAUAAAGAAAGAAUGUUGAAGUUGGAGAGCUACUGGAUCGAGGCUCAAACACUAUGCCACACAGUCAACGAACACCUCAAAGAGACUCAAAGCCAGUAUCAGGCCUUGGAAAAGAAAUACAACAAGGCAAAGAAAUUGAUCAAGGAUUUUCAACAAAAAGAACUUGAUUUCAUCAAGAGACAGGAAGCAGAAAGAAAGAAAAUAGAAGAUUUGGAAAAGGCUCAUGUUGUGGAAGUUCAAGGCCUGCAAGUGCGGAUUAGAGAUUUGGAGGUUGAGGUGUUCAGGCUGCUGAAGCAAAAUGGGACUCAAGUUAACAACAACAACAACAUCUUUGAGAGAAGAACAUCUCUUGGAGAAGUCUCUAAGGGAGACACCAUGGAGAACGUGGAUGUCAAGCAGAUGUCUUGUCCAGAUGGCCUGAGUCAAGACUUGAAUGAAGCAGUCCCAGAGACAGAGCGCCUGGAUUCGAAAGCCCUGAAAACCCGAGCCCAGCUGUCCGUGAAGAACCGACGCCAGAGGCCCUCUAGGACAAGGCUUUAUGAUAGUGUCAGUUCAACAGACGGGGAGGACAGCCUAGAGCGAAAGCCUUCAAACAGUUUCUGUAACCACAUGCAUAUUACCAAAUCACUUCUGCCCAAGGGUUUGCGAACUUCUUCUCCAGAAUCAGAUUCUGGUGCUCCAUCCCUCACUUCCAAGGCUGUCAGUGUGCCCUUCUCCAAGUCUGACCAGAUAACUGAAUCUCAAGGACCCCUGCACCUAGAAAGGGAGCCUUCCUCCUCUACUUGGGGAGACACUUCACUCUCCUCUCCUUCAAAAUCUGAUCAUGAUAUGGAAGAAUCUCCUUGCCAUCAUCAAGCCACCACCAGGAAAAUAGCACAAGAAAAAGAUGGUGCCAAAGGUCCCAAAUCACUAAGGGCGUCCAGUUCAUUGGUGGUGCAAGGAGGGAAAAUUAAGCGGAAGUUUGUGGAUCUGGGGGCACCGUUGCGAAGGAACUCCAACAAGGGAAAGAAAUGGAAAGAAAAAGAAAAAGAAGCCAGUAGGUUUUCUCCGAGUAGCAGGUACGGGAUCUUCAGAGGCAGGCUGGACCACUGGAAAGCGAAGCCCUCCUCCGCAGCGCCGGCCUCCCCUCGCUCACCUUGCAUGCCUUUCUCCUGGUUUCACGAAAGCCGGAAAGGAUCCUAUUCCUUCAGGAACCUGCCUUCACCUCCAAGUCCCCUCCAGCCUUCUCCUGAAACUCUAAUUUCAGAUAAAAAGGGGUCCAAGAAUUUUACCUUCAACGAUGACUUCAGUCCCAGUAGUACCAGCUCGGCAGACCUGAGCGGCCUAGGAGCGGAGCCCAGAACCCCGGGGCUCUCUCAAUCCCUAGCGCUGUCAUCAGAUGAGAGCCUGGAUAUGAUAGAUGACGAGAUCCUUGAUGACGGACAGUCUCCCAAGCACAGUCAGUGUCAGAAUCGGGCCGUUCAGGAGUGGAGUGUGCAGCAGGUUUCUCACUGGCUCAUGAGCCUAAAUCUGGAGCAGUAUGUAUCUGAAUUCAGUGCCCAAAACAUCACUGGAGAGCAACUCCUGCAGUUGGAUGGAAAUAAACUGAAGGCUCUUGGAAUGGCAUCAUCGCAGGACCGAGCAGUGGUCAAAAAAAAGCUCAAGGAAAUGAAGGUGUCUCUAGAGAAGGCUCGGAAGGCUCAAGAGAAAAUGGAAAAGCAGAGAGAAAAGCUGAGGAGGAAGGAACAAGAGCAGAUGCAGAGGAAAUCUAGAAAGACAGAAAAGAUGGCAAUAGAGGGGGCUGGGGAGCAGUAACACACCCUCUUCCAGGCGAAGAGGGUGCUCCAAGGGAGGGUCCACCUCUUCCUGCCCCGCUCUCCUCCGGGGGAAUGAAGAAGAAACUGAUGAUAGGGGUGAUGUGCUGUAGGCAGAUUGGGGAACCUGGUGUCGAAUACCUGCAUUUUCUGUGAUAAUAGAAUUCCUUUCAUUUUAACCUACUUAAUCCCAAGCCACCUUUAGUUUCUUAACAAACCAAGGAGCUCAUUUGUGAGAGCGGCAAAUGUUUCCCUCUUCUCUGACUUACCAACAUCUUGUGUUGUGUUGGGUGGGUGCGUGUGUCACUUGGAAAACCAGCAUGACAGUACCCAACAAGAGCAUGAUCCACCCUGGUGUUGUGAAAUGGAGUGCCAUGGAUGUCCAGCAUGGGGUCCUGACCCUGGGUGUUUGUGUCUGUCUGCAUGGCUUGAGCGCCCUCCUGCCAUGAGAUCUCGGCUGCAGGAUCCACUCCAAAGUGUGAGAAAGGUCCCCCUUAUUUCUGUGUCUGGACAGUGAGACAACCCCACUGUGGAAACGUGGGUGCUCUGCCCCAGAAUCACUUCCCGUGGCAGAAGUUGAGCAAACUGUUCUGCUUGCUGGGCAUCUGAAGGAGAGAAAAGAAUUCUAGUAUGUGUUCACCCCAGAAGGAAGCAAAAGCCUUAAGAAUGUGGAUGUGGUAUUACCUUGGGAUUCUGAGGAUAAUAUUUAUCUUCCAGAUUUAGCCAAACAAAGGAAAAAUCUGACAUGAAUGCAGCCAUGGGAUAUUGGGAUCUGUUGUUUACUUUGCUACUGCAGCAUCUCAGUUUGUCAGCAACACUGACACACACGACAAAAUUCCUUUUCCCCAACAAAUUGAACAGGAAAUUGGUUUUUAAGGAAACCAACAUUUUCAGGUUUCCUCUCCCGGGGAACAUUCUGGCUAGUCUGCAGCCUGAUGAUGACACAGUCGGGAACUCGUCACAUAUUUUCAACUCAAGAUUUCCCAAGUGGACUCGGCUAGUAUUUUAACAAAUGUACUUUUAAAAACAAUAGAAAUACCAGUUCGAGAAAACUUAGAUUUGAGUAACAUGCAACUAGAGAAGCAAUUUGACUGAGCACACAGAAUGUCCCCAUACAGGUGAGCUGUCAGUUAUGUUUAGAGAUGCUCUGAAUGGUUUUUCUGAGCCAUUCUCUCCCAUUCUUUAGGGAUCUUCAUUUAAAGUUAAAGUUUAUUUAAGAUAGUACCCAGAAUACAGUCUAGCAGUGGAGCUCAUAUUUUAAAGCCAGUAUUAAGGAUUUCAACAUUUCGUCAAACUAAUUCAAAUGCCAGGGACUAAGGCAGAAGGAGGAGAAACUAUAACUCAUCUUGAGAAAUUUCAAAUAAUGGAUCUUUUUGUUGAUGUUGUUGUUUUGCUCCUUAUGUUUAUGUAUCUGAUUCUGUUUGCUGCAUUGGCCCUAAAAAUGAGGUCACCCACUUUCCAAGGGACAAGUUCCAGAAUAAGAGUUGAGGGCAGACAAAUUCUUUGACAAGUAUUUUACUUCCUUUUCUGGGUGGAGAGUCUCAGUCCAUACCUUGCACUGGAAAUGUUACAUACACAGAGCUUGGGGGUGCUUUUCGAGGUUACAGGUAACAGAUCAUGUAAAGGGCUCCAGCCCAUAUAGCUCCAUCUCUUAUUUUGAACAUUGUGUUUUGCUUGUUUUUGUUUUUUGCUUGUCUGAAUAUGGGAAAUCUGGAAUAAUCUAAACUAGAAAUUCACAAUUCAGUUCUUUCCUGAAGGCCUGCCUCCUUUUUAGUGGCAGAGUAUUGCCUGUUUGGCUUCAGUGCUUCUGUCACUAGGUAUAGAUUACUCACUAUGUUUUACAGUUACCCGUCACUAUGUAUAUUUUCUCUGUCUGUCUUCAUUUUGGGGUAUGAUAAUGAAGCCGCCAUACUGGAUAUUCUAUUUAUAUUUUGAGAUGUGUGGUGCUUUGCUAUUUAUUAAUACCAUGAGAAACAAGGAACCACUAUUACUGAACGACCAAUUCCAGCAAACCUUUUCUAAUACUAAAAGACUAAAUUAGUCAAAAUGUGGUAAUACUAGUGCUUGCUAUUGUACAUUUUUGCCAUCUUUGCAUAUCUUUGAAAAAAAGUGAUCUAGAUCACACUGGAAAUUUCACUGUAUUCAUUUUAAGAAUGAAAAUGGAAGGAUGAUUAUCUUAUGUUUACACUUUGGUAAUAUUUGAAAAUGGAUGUAAAUACUGGAAAUGUCUGUAAGUCUCAGUCUCCGCACAUAAUUUAUGAUCUAUUAUAUUGCAUUUUCUUAAAAGUCUUCAAAUAUUGUUCUUAGUUUUCAGUUUAUCUGUAUACUUCCGGUGUUUAGAUUAAUGACCAACUGACAAUAUUAUUAAUCACAUUCUUUUUUUCAAAUCAUUUCAUUUGUGUUAUAACUAUUUUGAUUUUUUUAACUUAAAUUAUAGUAAUUUUCAUCUGAAUGAGUUAUUUUUAACAUUACUACUUAAAACUGCUGAAAUUAUAAGAGGCACUUGAUUUGAUUGUCCAGAAAAGGAUAAAAUGUAACUGACUGGUGAAAGGUCAUGAAAACAGUGAAGGGCCUCAAGACUUGGGAGCAUUUUGUUUUCGUACUUUUUUUUUUAUCAACUCUAGUGCAUGAUGCCUAAGUGAGGUACCAGUGCAGUACACAAUUCCUGCUCUAAUGCUAGUGGUUUUCAGUGUCCAAUUUAACACAGAACUGUUGCUUCAUGAACCUUUAAGACUUUGCAGUUUUUUCUUUAUCAGAAAAUGAACAAAACGGGAAUAUCUGGUUAUAUUCUCUAAACGACAGCUCUAUUUGACUCUGACAAUAGCCAAAAGUGUUGGGGGUAUAGGUAAUGCUUUGGGGAGGGCAGGUGGUGUGUGGUGAGGAGUGUCUGGGUCAGGGUUUUCCAUUGAAGGACUUUAGUUUUAUAACAGAAUUACUUUCUUUAAGACUGUCUCCCUUAGAGUAACUCACAGUUCAUGUAACAGUUUUCUCAUUCUCAUUCAUAUUCUCUCUCUCUCUCUCCCUCUCUUUCUUCCUGAAUUAGAAGUUAACGUCAGAGUGAUGUUAGGUCAGAAACCAACUUUUGCCCCUUCUAGCAGACUGAUGAAGUCCACCUCUAGUUUUUUGACAAUAAAGCUAUUCUAUGCUUUCUUUCUUUAGCUGGGGCUUGAUGAAUUUCCUACCCUUAACGUCACAUAAGCAUUUUUAACUCCAGCGCGAAUGCCAACCUCAGCUUUUAAGAGGGAGGCAAUGGGAACACCUACCUGGUGCUCCUGUUAUCAUUGGAAACAAAGUGGCAAGAGGAAGGGUGAGGAACCAAAUUAACCCUUGCCACUGCCUGUUAUUCUGCUGUCAUCUCUAGUCUGAAACCUUAAAAUGUCCGAGGCCCAAGCUUCAAAUAUAAUCACAGAUUGUUUGACUUUAAUUAGCCCUAUGGUUUUUGCUGAAGACAAAUAAUUCUCAUCUAGGUUCUUUUUGCCAUUGGAUUAACAUGUGCUUUCAAAUACAUUUUAAAAGGUAAAUUUUGCAUUUAUAUGGAUAUUCUGAUUUAUUUAUAAAGUGUUAAAGGUUAUGUAGACCAAGCCUAAAGAGAGAAAACCAUGCGUUUAACAAUGGGAUUUAAGAAGAUUCUAAAGGGAGGUGUCUUAACAAUUUUAAAGAAGCAACUACACUUUGAAUGUGUGGUAGCCCGCUCGUUACACUGAGGUAUUUAAGUAUUACUAAAGCCCAUCGGAGUAACUGAAGGUACUGUCCCAAGAGCUGCAGAUGAGGGGCACUUCCCUUUGAGAGACAGCAGCACCAGGGUUCAUGUCACCUACUUGAGUCCUGAGUGGCUUCUGAAUGUUCAAAUGUACUUUAAUCAAGGAUCUACCUGUAAACGAUUCUGAAGCUAAGCCUUGAAGGAUGAGGGAAGUAAAAUGUCCAUAUUUUCUACUAGAAUUGUUUUUAUUAUGAUGAUGGGGUGAAAAGUAAAUUUCUAAAGAAAACAGGGUUGUAAGAAAUAUGAAUGUGGUUGCUGCAAUUCACUCCUGAAAAACAACCGUAGUCUGCAGGCAGAUUUUAUUUAUGUUUUUCUUAGUUAUUUAAAGUCUCAGGAAACUGAAUCUUGGUCCAAAACACUGGGGGGAAAAAUAACACCAGUAGUACACCAGUAGUAUUUGCAUAACAAAAAAGUAGGAGUAUAGAACAGACCCAACCAAGAAGUCAGAGGGCAAAGAAGAAGCCUGAAGGACCCAUGUCCCCCUGGGAAACGAAAGCCUCAAGUUCUCCCCAAGGGUGAACAGAGGAGCCUUACACGAUGCGUUGAGGGAAUGAUUGUUACUUGAAGGCUCACGUACAUACGUGUGUGGACCAAGUACAGCACGUCACCCACUUCCAAACCUACAGAGUGGGGAAGGCAAGAACAUGCUGAUUUCCCAUCCUUGGCCCUACCCCAGUCUUUAGCGCUAAAGAUUCAAGAAUGAAUAAGAGGCAAGGGAUAAGGGAACAAGAGGCAACUUCUCAACACUGUGCAUGCCACUUGUGUAGCUAUACAGACUACAUACGUGUGAAUAUAUCUCUCACCUUGCACACACACCGCAAUGACAUGGCAUUCAACAAAUAGAUACUGUCUUUGGAACUUGGUGUUGUCAGUGAGCACCCCCAGCAGUAAUCAUAGCCUUAUUGCCACCUUUUGUGUUGUGUAUACAUUGAAUGGCUCAUAAGAUUUUAAGAGAUUUUUUUAAUGUAUUUCUUCUACUAAAUGCACUUAAUCCUUCUAUAUGUCUAUAUAUUUUGGUAAAAUUGAUUUAUUCGAAACUUGGUAUUUUAGUAAGAUAAAGUUUCCUUAAAUGUUUGGUUAACGCUUUGAUGUCAAGAUUGCACAUCGCUGAGCUGAAACUCAGAAGUUUAUGCAGCUUCAGGCAUUUUCAACUGCGAACCGCAGUGUCCUUUGCUAAAAAUCGCACUGCGUGUUCUUGUGCACUUGCUCAUGCUCUAAUAUGACAUUUUUGGUCGCUGUGAUGCAUAAGCCACUAACUACUGGCUCUCUGAUGGCAGCGUUGUCAUCCCAUGACCAUUACUUCCUCUUUUGCUGAGUGAUGGCCUGGUUGGGUCAUUGCCAAAUGGACAUGAGUGUGAGUGUGUUGUUGGAAGGCGUAUACUUCUAGUUCUCUGGCUGUUUUACGGACACACCCAGGUUCUCUGUUAAGGAUUUCAUCUUUCGUCUGUGAAAGAACAAUUGGCCAAGGAUAGUUAAAUUACAUUAAAAAGUGUGAAUUAGGAAGCACUCCGGCUAGAAAACGCCUCCCAACAACAUCAGACUUCGUUAGUGCUUAGUGAAAUCUCUUAAAUAUUUAUGUGUAUGUUCUCCUUAAUAUUAUUUAUGGUCAUCACUACUGCUUUUGUAUUUUUUAAUGGUGUUACAAUGGAACCACAAGUACACGUGCUGCAUAUGACUAACAAACUGGCCGGCUGAAAUAUAAAAAAAGAGAGAGAAUGAAUUCUGUCCCAUUGUAAGAAGUUGGUUUAUUUUCAUCUUUCUUUAUAUAAAGGAAAAAAGUUGUUUGAAAGUCAUUUUAAGUCCAAUAAAUAUGGAUAGCAUGUUAUCUGAACCUUGAUUUGUACCUUUCGGUGUCCAAUCAUUUGCAUGGAAGAGACAAUAGUGCCACGUCCGAAUUGUUCUCUGUGCUUGGUUAAUAUGUAUUUCUCUAGAUUGUUCCAUUUCAAAUGACAUUUCUUACUCUUUGGUUUUCAGAGGCAUUCGAAGCAAGAUAUCCUUUGUUUUUUGAUCAAUCUAAAAAUACAUGUGAUUAAGUUUAAUUUGUUAGUGUAAAUAAAUUUCUUGCCAAUGAGUAUUAUUGUUGUUAGACAACGAAUGCAAUAAAAAAGAGUAAUACUGA